UUUACCAAAAUGGAGAGGAUGAGAGCAGAAGGUGGCACUCCCAAGGUUCCUGCCACAUCUGAUUCAAGGUUUGAGAAAAGGAAGAGUUCAGGCCAUGGGUGGAGGAGCCUGGUGAUCACCUCUCAGUGAAACCCACCUCAUCCUGGGGCCAUGACCGUGGUUCUGCAGCUGCCGCUGCCGCUGCUGCUGCUGUCGCUGCUGCUGCUUUCGAGGGCCCAGGGGGACCCAGGAGCUUCACUGAACGGCCACCCCGGAGACCGCGUGAAUCUCUCCUGCAUAGGGGUCUCGCAACCCACCCGCUGGGUCUGGGCACCUAGAUUCCCGGCCUGCAAAGGCCUGUCCAAAGGACGCCGCCCGAUCCUGUGGGCCUCACCGAGCGGGACCCCCACCGUGUCUCCCGCCCAGCCCUUUGCUGGCCGCAUAAAUGCCCUGGACCUUGGUAUCCGGCGACUGGAGCUGCUCUUGAGCGCGGGGGACUCUGGCACCUUUAUCUGCAAGGGUCGCCAAGAGGAGGAGAGCCGUACGGAGCUUCAUGUGCUGGGAGACCGGGCCUACUGCAAAGCUCUGGGGUCGUCGUAUUCCCACAUUCUGAUCCCGCUGCUGGGCGCUGGGCUGGUGCUGGGCCUCGGAGUAUUGGGCUGGGCCUGCUGGCGGCGCAGGCGCUCGCCCCCUCAUCCGCCUCGACCAACCCCCAGAUUUGCUCUGUCCCCCCCACAUAGUUCCACUCGUGAAAGCAGAGCCCCAGAGGCCAGAAGAGGAGGAAGAGCCCAAGAUGCCAGGGGACCUGGAUCAGGAGCCGAGCCUGCUCUACGCAGACCUGGAUCAUAUGGCCCUCAGAAGGUCCAGCCGACUGUCCCCAGUGGUCCCUGCUGAUGCCUCCACCAUCUAUGCUGUUGUAGUUUGAAGGGAAGCCUUUACAGCAAACCUCACAAGCUGAGGGCUCCCAGAUCUCCAUUACACCCUUCCCCUUCUUGGCCCUUCACCUGGCAAAGGAAGGCACCAUGGGAUAGAAAUGAGCACUAGACUAGGAGUUGAGCGACCUAGGUUCCAGGCUAUCUCUGCUGCUGAUCUUGGUCCUUCCUUACCCCUGUCUCUCACACCCGUUUCCCCACCUUAAGACACCAGCAACUCCUAGAUCAUUUUCCUGUCUCUUCACUUCUCUUCACAGUCAAGCUCUUUGAACCAAGGGCCUACACCUGUCUCUUCCAUUUUUUCCUUCACUCCUACUACUCACCUGGCCUCCAUGAGAUUGCCAGUGAUGUAUUAAUAGCCACACCCACUGGAUGUUUUGUUGGCAUUCAUCUGGCUUGACCUUUGAUUGCUCUCUUAUUUAAGCUCUGUUUUUCUUUAAUGUUGGUGUCUUUCUCCUGGAUUCCGUUUUCUUCCUCCCUGUUCCCACAGUAUUCCCCACAAUUCCAGGUUUGUCUUUUUAAUAUCUGCUUUUCUCCCUCUUCUAGGAUGCUGUCAUCCACAGCGAGUCCUCAGCCUUUACUUUAACUCUGCAAACAACACCCAGAAUUCCUUCCAGUUCCCAUCUCUGAUAGGAGAUUUCCAAACUGUCCCUCAGACAUCCCUGCCUGGCUGACCCUAGGCAUUUUGCACACAGCGGGUCCAAAAGCCAACGCACUGUCAUCUCCCAAGCCACUUAUUUAAUCCUCCCUCCCAUGCAUCUUCUCUUGAUCAACCCUGUUGCCCAAGCCAGAAACUGGGAGUCAUGUAACCUCCUUCCUCUCACUCCCAUAUGAUAAACCAAGUCCUGUCUUUCUAUUUUAAUGUCGUUGUCAAAUCCACACCCUUUUCAUGUCCAGCACGGCCACCUGAGUGUACUCUCUUCAGUUCCUCCCUGGAUUUCCCAUAGCCUCAUCUCAUUUUCCUGCCCUUGCUCUCCUCGCUGAAACCAGAGUCUUCCUGAAUGCUAACCUCCUGACCACCUACAUUUCAGCAGUAUUUCAGUUCUGGCCCUUAGCCUAGGUUUCAAGGUGCUACAGUACUUUACUUAUUUUCCAGGCUUAUAUCUGUCAUUUGAUGCCUAGAACAUGACAGCCUUUGAGAAAUUUUCCCCAGCCCACAAAUAUGCCCGUGCCCAGUGCAGUUCCUUCUUCCUGGGUUACCCUUUGUCUCCUCACCAUGCACCUGGCUAAUUCUUAUUUAUCCUCAGGACUCAGUCUCUUGGCCCACUCCUGCAUAUACUUUGAUGCUCUCUGGGGCCCCUUAUUUCUCUCUUGGCAACAGCCUCCUGUGAAUUGUUCCAUUACAACCUGUAUUUCAAUUUAUAAGAAAUUUUCAUGUACUGUGAGUUCCUUGAUAUCAGGAGACUAACCCUUUUUCUCUCAUUGCUAAACCUCGGUAAAUGAGUGAAAAUGAA